AUGAACGGACCUCAAGCUGGAGAAUGUCAAAGAAAUGAGGCGAUUUUUGACGGGCUCCUCGUUGACCUGGACGGGACGCUCAUCGACUCAACAGAAGCAGUCGUCAAGCAUUGGACAGAUGUAGGGAAGAGAAUCAACGUCGACCCAAGAGUUAUCCUCGAGAUGUCGCAUGGUCGUCGCAGUCUCGAUGUGCUGCAGGUUAUUGCACCAGAUUUUGCUACCUGGGACUUCGUAAGGUCCAUUGAAAGCGUGAUUCUGGUCAACCACGGGCACCUGGCGAAGGAGAUUCCAGGCGCUAUCGACUUUCUUUCCGCUCUCGCCGCACACUCUGUGCCCUGGGCUCUUGUGACGUCGAGUACCCUACCACUUGUACAACAGUGGCGGGAAACGCGGAAUCUAGCACUGCCGACAGCGCCAAAACUCCUCGUCACAGCAGAGUCUGUGGAGAGCGGCAAGCCAGAUCCUGCUGCUUAUGUACUGGGGCGUGAAAGGCUCGGACUGGUUGACGAACGGUUCGACAUCCUUGUCAUCGAGGAUAGCCCCGCGGGCAUUGCGGCCGGCAAGGCAGCAGGCUGUAGGGUCAUCGGCUUAUUAACUAGCCAUACGUAUAAGCAGAUUGCGUCGUCGACGCCUGAUUGGAUCUUGCAGGAUCUGCGGUCGCUGAAGAUCUUGCGAAAUACGAACGGGAAGGUGGUGGUUGAGAUGUCAAUUGUGGGGAGGGAAGCAUGAGAAGGGUGGCACAGACGCAGGAGCGUUAACUGCAGA